AUGUUUGAGCGACGCAUCAAUGCCAUGCAGACCAUCGGCAUCAAAAAGGAAGAUUUGGCGCAGGUCUUCCAUAUGGUCGCUGCGGUGCUCAAUCUGGGCAAUACCAAAUUCGAUGCUCCGCCCAAUAACAGUGAAGGCUCCAUGGUGAUGAAGGAAACGGAGGGGAACGUCUCCAUGGCAGAGAAACUCUUGGGGAUCAAAAGUGGGGACUUGGAAAAGGCCUUGUGCAACCAGACACGCGUGACGCGUUCCGAGCGCAUCCGGAGUCCGGUGAAUGUGCGCCAGGCCAGGUCGGGACAGGCUGCUGACAACCGGGAUGCUUUGGCACGUGCACUGUACGGGAUUGUCUUCAACUUCAUUGUGCACAGCACCAACCUGUCCAUUGGCUACAUCGACGAUGUGAAGCUCUUUGUAGGUCUGCCAGUUGGGGAAUCCCUCAGGUCGCAUCAAAAAACAAGGGAAUCCUCCAGAAUUUGGGUGAUUUCGGAUCAAUUUCUCCAAUCCUGA